UGGGCGGAGCCUCUAUCCUUACCGUGAGUUUUGUUCCAGCGGUUACAUGAUAGCCUGCACCUGGAAGAGCAGCCUGCCUCCUCCUCUGUCGGCCUGUCUACCGUAAUGAAAGGUUCCGUGGCCAUGGAAGCCACCAGGAGAAGAGCCCAGCACGGUGCCAAUGGGAAGUCCAGUGAAGAGGAGGGGCAGCCUGCACAGUGGGGGAGAGCAUGGGAGGUGGACUGGUUUUCCCUGAGCAGUGUUAUAGGCCUCCUCUGCUUCGCCCCUUUCAUCGUCUUCUACUUUGUGAUGGCCUGUGAUCAGUACCAGUGCUCCGUCAGCCAGCCUCUGAUUGAGUUAUACCAAGGAGAGACCACCCUGCUCUCCAUCUGGUCCCGAGCUCCCUCCUUCACCUGGUCAGCUGCAAAGAUCUACGCCAUCUGGGUGUCCUUCCAGGUGUUCCUGUAUAUGUGUGUUCCUGACAUUACACACAAGUUUAUUCCUGGCUAUGUCGGUGGAGUGCAGGACGGAGCACGAACGCCUGCUGGCUUGAUUAACAAGUAUGAGGUGAAUGGGCUGCAGUGCUGGCUGAUCACUCAUGCUCUGUGGUACGCCAACGCCCAAUACUUCCACUGGUUUUCCCCCACCAUCAUCUUUGACAACUGGAUCCCUCUGAUGUGGUGUGCUAACAUACUGGGCUACGCUGUUUCCACCUAUGCUUUCACAAAGGCCUACCUUUUCCCCACGUGCGCUGAAGACUGGUGAGUACUG